UCAGUCAAGCCUCCAGCCUACCAGCAGCUAGAUGUAGUUAGAAAAUUAGAUGGAAUAGUUAGAUUCUACAGUUGUUGGUUGUCGUUUGGUUGGUGUUGAAUGAAAAAUCCGAAGUGAGAGUCCGAAAAAAAUGACAAAUAAUUAUGUGAUUUUCGAUUGUGAUAUUGGCAACGAUGAUGCCUGGGCCUUGGUUAUGCUAAUCAAAGCAGAGAGAUUUUUACAAAAACUGGCACACAAUAAGAGGAAAAUAAGUGGGGUCCGUGACCCAUUUAAGAUACUUGGUGUUACUUGUGUUCGAGGAAAUACCGAUGUCGAUAAUGGUGUCAGGAAUGCCUUGCGUGUUUUGGAUGCUAUGGACCGAUUGGAUAUACCUGUCUAUAGGGGUUGUGAAAAUGCCAUAAUACCACCCAAUUUCGAACACAAACAUUUUCAUGGCCAGGAUGGAUUUGGAGAUGUGCCAAAUUUACCUCAAGUAACAAAGGUGGAGGCUCAAGCCGAACAUGCUGUAAAUAUGAUGUAUUCCAGUGUUUGUAGGCAUCCAAACCAGAUCGACUUCAUUUUGAUUGGACCCCUUACAAAUUUUGCAGUGUGCAUUAAUAUGUAUGGCAGGGAGUUUUUGGAUAAAGUUCGGGAUAUCUACAUAAUGGGUGGAAAUUACAGAGGCAAAGGCAACGUAACCAAAAGUGCUGAAUUCAAUUUUCGUUUGGACCCAGAGGCGGCUCAUAUUGUGUUGGAAAGCGUUAGCAAGCCCAUGAUGGUGGUGCCAUGGGAAACCUGCAUCGAUGGUGAAAUGAAUUUUGAUGCGAGUUGGCGUUUUGAGAUCCUCUCGAAAGUGGAUUCAAAAAUCAUGCAUCUUAUGAACAUUGUGGAGAAUGCCUUCCUUCGUCCCUUGGCUUAUGCGAAAUGGAUAAUUUGUGAUGCAGUCCUGGUGGCAACCUUUUUAUUUCCCGAUAUUGUAAUCGCUAAAAGUCGUUUAUAUCAUAGCACAGUGGAGUUGAUGGGCCAUCAUACCCGUGGUCAAAUGGUCCUUGACCAUAAGAGAAAGGAUGAAGGAAAUACACGAAUAAUUAUGUCCGUACACAAGGAUAAUUAUCGACAAAUUAUUGCCUGGACUGGAGGUCUACUGGAUGAUGAAGAUAUGGAAAAGUUAUUGUGUCAAUAAAGUGAAUAUCAUAUUU